CAUUAACGUUCACAGUUGUUGAAAUGUACACGUCAGCUUUUAAAUUGAUCUUAAACGUAUGUAAAGCGUUUCAGAAACAGAUAUUAACUUACUAAUACAAAUACAUGAUUUUGGAACAGUAAAAUGAAUAUAAUAAUGAGUGAUCAAAAUAAAGUUUAAUCAGUCUAAAGCUACAUCCUUAUCAGUAAAGAAGUAUAAAAAUGUGGAAUAAGAUAUUCCUUUUCAUAACCAUAAGCUGGUUAUCAUCAUGUACAAGAGCAUCUGUCAUGCAAUGCCAAUGGAAUGGAGAGAUAUGCACAAAAGUCGUAAGCAUGACAUCCGUAUAUACACCAUUUGAUUCCGUUACAAUAUUUGGAAAGGCUCUAAACUAUGUCAACACUGCCACAGAUACAUUAACUUUGAGUUUAUUUAACAUUAAUUUUAUUCCAGCAAAGAUUUUCAGUGUUUUUAAAAAUCUAGGAACUUUUAAUAUGAAUAACUGCUCUACAACAAUUCUGACGACUAAUUCUUUCGUUAACUGUGCAUCAUUAACAUUUAUUCAAGUUUCGUUUGGAAUUGUGACAAAUAUUCCUGAAGCAUUUGCACAGACAUGCACAAAUCUACAAGUUGUAAGAUUUAGAUACAGUAAUGUUCAGUCUGUCCAUAAAAAUGCUUUCAGAAAUUUGGGAAAAAUGGUGAUUUUAGAUUUGACUGGCAAUAGAAUCACUUGUAUUCAUGCUGAAUUGUUUCUACCAACUCCAAUGCUUCAUUAUAUUUAUUUGCAAAAUAACAAAAUUAGUGGAAUUGAUAGUGGAUUUAUUAAACAUCUUUCGAAACUAAGAUUAUUGAACUUGGUAAACAACUCGAUUAAGUACUUGCCAACCUUAACAUUACCAACAGGACUUGAUCCAAUCGCAAUUCUUUUGUUUGGAAAUCCAAUUAAUGCAGUUGAACCUGAUUUUUGUUCUACAUUUAGUUCAAGAUCAGAUGAGGAAUACAUUGAUACCUUAACAUCUAGUGACUAUAAAGAUGCAAUGGGCAGAUCUCUUGCAUGGAACUUUGAUGUCAUUUAUCUAAAGGAUCUUUUGUUCCAGAAUGGCGUUCCAUGUUUAGGAACGGGAAUUGCAUUCAAUAGACUUAGCAAAGCAGAUUGUUCAAACUUUAAUAAUGUCAUGAAUACAUGCUAUGCUAACUAUCAAACUACAAUGAUUGACGCAUACCCAUGUCAAUCCGCUUGCUUUUAAGGUGCAAUUUGAGUAAAUUUUGAUAAAUUUAUGAUUUUAUUUAAAUUUUUCUAAAUUGCUGAAGUUCUUUUGAGGAAAAAAUAAGAAACAUGUCUAAAUUUAAGAAUCUUAAGCUUUGGAUUUGAUUUUUUUGACUUGAAAAAUUAAUAAAGCAUAAUUUUGAAUUUUUAAAGAGCAAGAUAUUUUCAAUGCGUAGUUCCUUGACAAUAAGUAUUGAAUCUCAUCUGCAGCAUUGUCAAUAACCGGCUUUUGUCACACAUGCAAGCCACAUGCAGUCAACAACUCUGUCAAAAUUCGAAAAAAUUACUUCGAAAAAGAUUUGAAUUUAAGUUUCAAAAAUCCGUUAUGAAAAAUAGCAUUUUAACGGAAUUAA